UUGUUUUUGUGGGACUAAAACAAAAUCAUAAAAAAGUAAGAUGCGACUUCACUGGGGAUCGAACCCAGAAUCUCUGGUUUCGUAGACCAGCGCCUUAUCCAUUGGGCCAUGAAGUCAAUUUGCUGAUUUCCAUAAACUUUUCCAGUUAGUGGGUGCAAGGCUUUCUGGUCAAAACUCUUAAAAGUAGCUCCAAAAAUUUCAAAAGGUGACAAAUUCGGUCACAAAAGGUGUUCUAUCAGUCAAUUUCAAGUAAAAAAAGCUGUUGAGAGAUAUUAGUGUCAUUAAUUGUAAAAAUAAUUCUCAAGAGUUGAGUUAGAGCUUCCUAAUUAAUUACCUGAAUUAGUACUUAAGCCUAUCCAGUCAAUCAUACACAUUACACCUCAUCCUUGUGUCAGUUCUCAUCUCAUCUAUAAAAGAACACUAUACUAUUCCAGUUUGCAUCACUCCCCCAGCUCUCUUCUUCUUCUUUAUCUCUCUAUCCCUCUCUCAUUAUGGAAUCACAUUCCUCAACAAUACUAGUAGUUCUCACUCUUCUGGUGUCACUGUCUGCAGUCAGCUUGGCCUCAACUAAUUCAUGUAACUUCCCAGCCAUAUUCAACUUCGGCGACUCAAACUCCGACACCGGUGGCUUGUCUGCAGUCUUCGGCCAGGCACGUUCACCUCACGGCGAGUCCUUCUUCCACGGCCCGGCUGGCCGGUACUGUGACGGCCGCCUCGUCAUUGAUUUUAUAGCUAAAAGCCUUGGACUACCAUAUCUCAGCGCAUAUCUCGACUCGGUGGGAAGCAACUUCACUCACGGAGCCAACUUCGCGACGGCCGGAUCGACCAUCCGGCCUCAGAACACAACUAUUCAACAGAGUGGGUUUAGUCCCAUCUCCUUAAACGUUCAGUACAACGAGUUCUAUGAUUUUCUUCCUAGGUCCCAAGUUGCUCGGAAUCGAGGUGGAGUUUUUGCACAACUAAUGCCUAAAGCUGAGGAUUUCUCUCGUGCCUUGUACACCUUCGAUAUUGGUCAGAACGACUUGACAGCCGGUUUGUUCUUGAACAUGUCCGUCGCCCAAGUUAAAGCAUUUGUUCCUGAUGUACUCGAUAAGUUCAAAGACGUCGUCAAGUAUGUACACAGUCAAGGAGGUAGAUUUUUCUGGAUACACAACACGGGACCGGUCGGUUGUCUACCAUAUGUAUUGGACCGCCUACCGGUCUUAGCCUCGGAGGUGGACCGCCACGGGUGCGCCACACCUUUCAAUGAACUUGCUCAGUUUUUCAACCGUGGAUUAAAGCACGCUGUGGUCCAGUUAAGGAAAGAGCUACCUUCAGCUGCAAUCACAUAUGUUGAUGUAUACAAGGCCAAGUUCAACCUCAUUAGCCAACCACAAAAACAUGGAGUUGAAGAACCGAUAAGAGCAUGUUGCGGCCAUGGUGGGAAGUACAAUUUCAAUCCUCACCUUGGAUGUGGAGGAAAGAUCAAGGUACAUGGCAAAGAAAUAUUAGUGGGAAAGUCAUGUAAAGACCCUUCGGUUUGGGUAAAUUGGGAUGGGGUACAUUACACUCAAGCAGCUAACAAAAAGAUCUUCGAUCAGAUUGUAGAUGGUUCAUUUUCGAACCCUCCAGUUCCUUUGAAAAUGGCUUGCCAUAAGCACCACUAAACGAAAAAUUAUUUUAAGCUUCCGAGUCAUGGUACACGUGAUUGUCUAGAUAAAAUCAUUGGUCCAUAGAGUAAUUAUUCUCACUGAACCACAUGCGCGACUCUUUCUCUGUAUCGUUCGAUUUUGUUGGAUGUCAUGUUCUUGAAUGGAUCACAUGGGACUCUUACAUUGUUCGAAUAAUAAAAUUACUUACAGGCUUGCUUGCUUGAAUUCAGGAGGAUCAA